AUGGCGACCGGACCUGUAGACAUGACACUGUUGCCGGAUGAGAAGUACGAGAUUGCUGUCUCGUAUGGUACCAUCAUCGGCACGGGUGCCUUUGCAAUUGUUGUUUGCAGUACGAAACUCUACAUUCGCAAGUUUAUGUUGAACUCUUUUGGCAUUGAUGACUGGGCAUGCUUGGUUGGUUUGAUAUUCGUUACGACAUUCAACGGGAUUGGAUUGGCAGUGGUAUACUAUGGCGCCGGAAAACAUAUUCAACAUGUUACGCCGGACGAACUUAAACACUGGUUCAUGCUAUACUACGUUUGCAUUUGUCUUUACUUAUCGAUUUCCUUUGCCGUCAAAUCGAGUAUUCUUCUCUUUCUUCGACGAGUCUUCCCCGUCCCAUACGUUCAAUACACCACUAUGGGACUCCUGAUCUUCUUUACGCUGUUUACUAUUUCCGGAACUUUCCUCGCUGCGUUCCAAUGCAAUCCGCCCAAGUACACAUAUGACAUCGUCUUUCUCAUGGCUCCCGAUCGCGCCAAUUUCUGCUUCCCAGCCAUGACGUCUUAUGCCAUUUUUAUGUAUCAGGCGGUUCUCAUCUUCUGCUGCGAUAUCAUCAUGUUCUUAUUGCCAUUCCCUGCUUUGAUGAGCGUGCAACUGAACAGCAGGAAGAGUCUUGCGCUGUUGGCGGUCUUUGGAAGCGGCGUUGUCGCCUGUAUCGCCCCAGCAAUCAGAUUCAAGAGCUUGAACUUUUACAAAACAGGAAGUACUGAUACCACUUUUGAGGGUGCAUCUUCUUUGUACUGGAUGGCCAUUGAGUAUAACAUGGGUUUAGUUGCCGGAUCCCUUCCAGCACUUCGUCCGCUCUUCCAACGUAUGGGCAUGUUCGGUAGCAGCAAUGAUCCUUCUUCCAACAACCAGAACCAGUUCACACCGUCGUACCAACUCGAAGAUCAGAAUAGCAAGCAAUGGGGAACUGGAAGACGAACCCAAGGAAGCAAAAACAGAUACCAAGGAGACAGUGUGCUGGACCAAACCGUUAUAGACCGAGAUGAUUCUUCACGGGAUAGCGAGGAAGCACGGAUCGUGAAAACCGAGGUCUUUACGGUGACUACCGAAGCCCGUGAAGCAGAUUCCCGAGGCAACCAGCAGGCCUGGCGCCAGUUCGAUUAA